AUGGAUAGGAAAUUUGAUGUUGUCAACGUAUAUUUGUUCACCUUGGCGGAGAAGAGGCGUAACUUAGUAACGAUGUUUGAUAAGCCAAGCAUUUUACUUUGCGCAGUAGCUAUAUGUUUGAUAUUCGGCGAAACUGGCGUCGCGGCAUCAGACACGAAAGUAAAGAAAAUGAGAAAAGGCUUUUUCAGCUUAGCUCAAGGGUUGAUCGGAAAUAGAAACAAGACGGUUAAUGAUGCCUUGUCUUGUGACACUGAGGAGACCGAAAUGGAGAGAAUGGAAAAUCCCUUUAAAAAUUUGCAUCCGAAAAUCUAUCAUAGGCAGAAAAAUGCAGCGUUCAGAAGAAGAAAUGUCAAUCUGAACAAAGAACUUGAAAAAGACCACAACGCCAGGCUCCCUUUGAGUUCAUCAAGACACAAUGACUUAACGUCAUCAGUCAAGAUGAACAGUCAGCCGGUAAUUGACCAGCAGAAUGUAGCAAAAAGAAGAGGAAGAAAAACUAGAAGAGAGGAAAACUCAGAAAGGACGCCCUGUUCGGAUGAUUAUAAUGAACUAGAGAACUUGAACCGAAGAAACACUUGUGUGUCGAGGAAGAUUUUUGAAGAGGAAAAUCUCGUCCUGCCCUGGCUCGACUCUCCGAACACUUCAAGAGGCAAUCCAAGGUCAAUGCAAGAGAACUUGAGGGGAAAACCUUUUGGUGAAAAUAACAAAGGACUUUUGCCACCAAUAGAGGUGGUACCGAGUUUUAUUUGCCUGACCAGUGGGAAUGACAGAAAACCUGAGAGAAAAGAAUGGCGUGAGGGAAUUAAAUAUGUCAUGGGUCCGAGGCUCACUGAGAAUGAAAAAUCCCUGUGGAAUAGGUGCUGUGAUCCUAGCGACCGUCUAGGAGAAGACAACGGGAAAAAAAUUUCCGCAAAGGAAAGAAAUCGUGGAGACAGAGGCUUUCCGGAGUGUGACAAAAGAAGGACAUCAUGUAACUUGCACAGCGGCAUUACUCAGGCUUAUUGCUCCAAGAAUGACGCGAAUAAUAACAUAAAACACCACGUGACUGCACAAAUGCUACCUUCUCGGACUAAUGGACACUAUGACACCGCUACGGAGGAAACGAGAAUGAGCUACAUGGUCUUAAAGGCGAGGAUUCAUCGGUCAACUUUCUUUUAAAAAAAUUACGGUUUUUCACUUAUCAUUUGAAGAUGAAAAUGUUGAUGUGUACAAUAAAAUCUUGGUUAACAAUCAUAAA